AUGGGCCCCGGGCCCCCCGCUCCAAACGAGGAUGCGACGUCGAGGCCGCGACGCGGGCGGGCUGAUGGCGAGGCAAACGGCGCCAGGGUCGUCUCGGCGCCAGAGAAGCAAGAUGAAUCACGGCGUACCGGCCGUGGGCGCACCGAGACCGACGGCGAGGAUGCCAAUGGCGGCUUGCCCAUGUCCAAGACACGAUGUGUUGCGCUCGUGGCCACUGUCACGGGGGCUGCUUUUCUCAACAUGGCGAAAGGAGGAAAAGAAGAGAAGAGAAGAGGAAAGAAGAGGAAGAAGAAAAACCCAGAAAUGGACCAGCUUGGUGAUGACGCUUUUGUCCAGGUCCUCAGCAUCCAAAGUGUCGUCAUCAUCCUCCCCACCAUCGGACGCCAUCUCCAAAUCCCCGAAAGCCGCCAGCAGUGGAUCGUGUCGUCGUAUUCCCUCGCCUUUGGGUGCUUCCUCCUGCUCUGGGGCCGCGUUGCCGACGUCUACGGCAAGCGGCUCAUCUUCAUCCUCGGCUCCGUCUGGGUGACGUGUGUGACGGCGGCCAAUCCGUUUCUGCCCGAUGAGAUUACCUUUAAUCUGUUCCGAGGGCUUCAAGGACUGGUAGGCCUUUGUCAUGACAUGCGCCUCGUGUCUUCGUACACUCACUCACUCACCCACCCACCCAUUCGACAGGGGGCCGCCGCGACCGUGCCCACGGCCAUUGGCAUAUUGGGCGUCACCUUCCCGCCAGGCAAGGCAAAGAACUACGCCUUUAGCACCUAUGCCUUCGAACGCUGCCACCAAGGAGCCGGUGCGCCCCUCGGCAGCGUUUGCGGCAACCUCCUCUCCGGCCUCGUCGCCGAGUACGCCAGCUGGAAAUGGGUCUUUGGCGCGCUCGCCAUCCUCUCCGCCCUCAUCACCGUCGCCGGCGUAUUCCUCAUCCCGCCCCGCGCGCCGUCUCCUCCCGACGACGCCACGCCGGACGGCGGCGCGCCCGAGGCUCACGCUGCUCCGGCGGUCGACUGGCUCGGCGCCGCGCUCGUCACCGCCGCCCUCCUGGCGCUCAACUUGUCCCUCACGGAGGGCAACGUCGUCGGCUGGGCCACGCCCUGGGUGCCCGUGCUUCUCGUCGCGUCCCUCGUCCUCGUCGCCCUCUUCGCCCUCUGGCAAAUCUACCUCGAGCGCCGGCACGCCCGCAGCCGCCACCUCUCCCGCGCGCCGCUCGUCAAGACCUCCGUCUUCCGCAACCGGCGCUUCGCCGCUGCCAUGGUCAUCACGGGCCUCUUCUUCGCCGCCUUCAACAACUACCUCAUCUUCACCACCUACUUCUUCCAGGACCUCCAGGGGCUGUCGCCGCUCGACACCAUGCUGCGGUACAUCCCCACCGGCGUCACGGGCAUCCUGGUGGCCCUCGUCGUGGCACAGCUCCUCGGUCGCGUCCCGAUGCUGUUCAUCCUCGUUUGCGGAACCCUGGCCACGUCGGCCGCGUGUCUGCUGUACGCCGUCCCCAUCCCGCCGACCACGACGUACUGGGCCUACGGCUUUCCCGCCAUGGUGCUCGCCGUCGUGGGCGCCGACACCGCGUGGCCCUGCCUGACGCUGUUCACGUCCCAGGCUCUCCCGCGGGAGGACCAGGCUGUUGGUGGUGCGCUGAUCAACGCCCUCGCACACUUUGGCCGGUCGAUUGGUCUGGCUGUCGGGACGUCUGUCCAGGCGGCUGCCAUGGCCAAGGCGCGCGGCGUCGCCGUAGAGGAGGCCGGCCCUGUUCGACAGUGGGAUGCCGAUUCGCUCACGGGCUUGAGGGCGGCCAGCUGGGUGGAUUUUGCCUUUGGAGUGGCCUUCCUGCUGGUGGCUGUGACGGCUUUCCGGAGCAUGGAUGUCAUCGGCAGGCCGAGGCCUGAUGCCAGUCUUGUCGAGGCCGAAACUCGCCACGGCAUCACGACGACAGGAAUCCACGAUGAUGAUGAUGAUGAUGAUGAUGAUGAUGAUGAUGAUGAGGACAACACCUCGGAAUGA